CAUACGGAACUAUACUUUCAAAGAUAAUAUUUGAAUAACGUUUGCCUAUCUUAUUGUUUAAUCAAGACACUCGAUAUCGAAACUACGGCGUGCGCGGGUGACGUCGACAUGAAGACGGAUAUUAAAGAAGAACCGAUUGAAGAAAGUUUCGAAGGAGAAAAGAAGAGAGUAGCAGACGAUAUUUGUGACAGCAAGACAACGAAGAUGUCCCAAUUGUCAGCCAAAGCUACAAACUUUAGCAUCGCUGCUUUACUCCGUGAUAAGACUACCAAGGAUGAGGCAGAUACAACGGAAGGUCAAGAAGUAAAAGUCCCCUUGGAAGACAAUAUGAAGACACCAUCCGAUGAAAAAAUGACCAUAAGAAUAGAUUCACCUUUGACCCCAGACACGCCCGAUAAACUACACUGUCGUCUAGAAACUAAAGAAUUGUGGUCCAAAUUUCAUGAAUUAGGCACUGAAAUGAUCAUAACCAAGACAGGCAGGCGAAUGUUUCCGACAGUUCGAGUUUCUUUUACUGGUUUAGAACCGGAUCAGAAGUACCUGGUGUUGAUGGAUAUAGUUCCGGUAGAUAACAAAAGAUAUCGCUACGCCUAUCAUCGUUCAUCAUGGUUAGUCGCCGGAAAGGCUGAUCCAGCACUUCCGGCACGGUUCCACCUUCACCCAGAUUCUCCGUUCACUGGUGACCAACUUCAGAAACAGACCGUGUCCUUUGAAAAGUUGAAAUUGACCAAUAAUGUUCUCGAUAAGACGGGUCAUACAAUAGUCAACUCCAUGCAUAAAUACCAGCCUCGUAUUCAUAUCAUGAAGAAACAAAAGGACACUGAACUUCCGGUGACGUCAUUAGAAGGACAAGAAGUAAAGACGUUCUCUUUCCCAGAAACAAUAUUUAUCGGUGUGACGGCAUACCAAAAUCAGUUGAUUACCAAGCUAAAGAUUGAUAGUAAUCCAUUUGCUAAAGGAUUUAGAGAUUCCACAAGAUUAACAGAUUUUGACAGAGAAACUAUGGAAUCGUUAAUACAGAGUCACUCGUACGCCAGAUCACCAUUACGUGCACUACACGGCUCAGAUAUGGAUGACGGUAGAGAUAAAGAUUACAGUUCAAUGUCGUUAUCAUACAUGACCCCAUGGCGUAUGCCUCCUGCGGCAUUACAUCCGGUGCUUGACAAAUCACAGCUUUCGUUAUAUACACAGUUGGUAAAUCACGUGUAUAAUGGAGAUACCCAAUCAGCGGCCACGUUAAAUGAAAUGUUGAUCAGAAGUUCUUUAUACCAGAAUUAUCUACGUAGUGCGCAUGCCCAGUCAGGGGGAUCCUAUUCGCAUGGACUCUACCGAUACCAUCCAUACACACCCAGCGAUAAGUCUCGAUCACCCGAGACUUGAAAAUCAAUCGUAUUCAUCGGCAUCAUCGUCAUAUUUAUUCUAAUUCCAUUUGUACAUUCUCUAACGAUAACGUAGGAAUACAUAUAACUGAGUCAUUCGGCCUACCCCGUUACGAGAAUAUCGGACUACUUCUAUCAACAUGUCCGGUGAUAUUUUAUUUGGAUUUCGUAAAACGAAACCUUUGAAUCGGUUUUCAAGCUGUACGAAUGAGCUCACUUUAUGGCCAUAUUGUAUUGACCAACUGCAGGGGAAACUGGAAAUAAACACCAUCUGGAUUGUUAUCAGGGUGUUCCGGUACAUGUAAGCCCAUAGCAUCAAGGCAUUCGAUUUGAAGCCCUGUAUUAUUAAGUUUAUAAAGAAAGGUUUAUCAUACCAAAGUUUAAGCAUAAAGGGGCUAUAAUAAAAAGUUUAUAAAGCAAUGGAUAUUAAAAUAUGUAUAUAUAAUAAUGUAUAUAAUAUGUAAGCUUUAAGUGUGCGAUUUGUUCAACUGUGAUAUACAACUCAUUUAACCGAGUCGCAAUGGUGGAUCCAGGUUGGGGCGGGGUUGGUUCUUUGGAAAGCAGCCCCCCCCCCCCUAAAUCAUAUUUAAAAAGUCACCUAUUAUUAUGUGUGUAUGAAAUGUGUAAAUUUAUGCUUUUUGUUGGUGUGGGUGAUGGGAGAGCGAUUUGUUUUCUUAUUUGUGGGGUUCGCCCCACCCCAAUGUCCACCCUCCCCCGCCCCUAACCAAAUAUCCCGAGUCCAGCACUGCCAAAUUGUAUAUAGACAAUUUAUAUAAUGCCAUCACCAACCAAAGAAUGAUGAUUGAGAUAAAAGUACACCAUCUUCGACACCUUUUUUAUAUUAUAUAAUGUCAUAACGAACUAAAGCAAAGGAGACUGAGGGGGCUUAGUAUACCAUCUUCGACAUCCCAUAGAUUUUAUAUAUGUCUUUAGCAACCAAAGAAAAUUAAUUGAGCUAGAACUAAGUACACGUUCUUCGACUUUAAACAUUAUGUUUUAAAGUCGUCAUAAAUUUACAAAUAUACAUACAAAUAUUAAAACUCAAACAAUUUUUGUUUUUAUUUCCUGUGGAGUCCGAUAAUACGACAAAAUGUCUGACCUUUCAGUAUUAGCAUUACUUACAUGUAAGUAACAUUAUCACUCGUACUCAGAUGGAAUACACCAGUGCAAUAUUAAAAUAUUGUUGUACCAAAAUUGUUUUUACCUAUGCCAUUCUCUAUUCUUCUAGAAGCCAGAGCUUAGAGGGGCAUUUGGUAAGAAUAGAUAAAGAGCUGACAUUUCUCACUAUAAUAAUUAAAAAAUAAAAAAUGAAAACAGAAUAUGCAGAAAGUUUCAGUCAAAUUACUUCUCUUUGAGCCUUGUGCCUCGUUAUUGCCGGAAGAAGAAUAGUGUAGCAUUGAUUGUCAUUGCUUCCGUUGUUACGGUAUGAAACGAAGUCUCGAUUAUCCAUUUUACGGUUAUAACAUCAACCGCCAAACGUAUUUAUAUCUAUUGAAUAUCUAGACAAUACGAUGGCAUCAAAAGUUCAUUAUGGACUUAGUAAGUUCAUUAGUGUCUAAUUAAUAAUUUAUAUAACAUUUAGGGCCUAAAGAAAGACCUGCAAUGGGCAUAAUUCCUGUUUAAGGAAUGGGUUUUAGGUCAAGGUAAUUUAAAAAGGGACUUUUAGUUUUUCAGAGUCGGGUUGGCAAAAAUCUGGAAUGGGAAAUCCAUCCAGCUAUGGGCACGUUAUAGGCAUUCGUAAUUAUCGUAUAAUCAAUCAAGAGAGAUAAAUAGGAUUUAAAUCCACUCGACACAAACUAGGUCAUUUCGGGACUAACAUGGUUCAAUUGUAUUUAAAUAAUGGAGGAAACCGGGGUCCCAGAGAAAACCAACGAGAUUGGACAGGCGACUCUUCUUCUGUCACGUAAAAGCGGAGAAACCACGCCAAUUGACAGCCCUUAUGAUCUAAUGUGCACGCAUAAAACCAUUCAGCCACCCAACCCCUCUAAAACAAAGGUACAACCAAAUUUAUCUUCUAUGUGAAGUUUCCAAAUUAAUGAGCAGUAGAUAUUGUCAAAGGGACAGGCAUACCCUGGUUGUUCAUUGUUAUAUAGUUGAUUUGUACAUUGUGAAUUGUUACUAUACUUAAAUGUUAUUGUCCAUUUAGUGCAUUUAAUGUUGUUUUUUCUGACAUAAAACAU